AUGAAUGGAGAAAACCACACUCUUUUGUCUGGUUUCAUCCUCUUGGGUUUCUCUGAUACCCCAGAACUACAAACCACCAUCUUCAUAACCUUCUUAUUCCUGUAUGUUCUAGUGGUGCUGGGGAACCUGAUGAUGAUCUUGGUAAUCAACGCUGACCCCCAGCUCCACACCCCCAUGUAUUUCUUCCUCACCCAUUUAUCUUUAAUGGAUUUUUGCCUUUCCACCACUAUCAUCCCCAAAGCCUUGGAGAUGACCUUCCUGGGGAGAAGCCACAUCUCUUUUUUGGGUUGCUUUGUCCAGAUGUAUUUUUUCCUUGCUCUGCUUAUCUGUGAGUGUUUCCUCCUGGGGGUGAUGGCUUAUGACCGAUACGUGGCUGUGCGCAAGCCACUGCUUUACACCACCACCAUGUCCCAGACACGUUGCUAUGGCUUGAUGAUACUGGUGUACACCAUCAGCUUCCUCACCUCCCUGGUACACACUGUCCUGGAGGGGAGGUUGUCCUUCUGCAAAACCAGGAGCAUUAAUCACUUCUUCUGUGACCCACCCACCCUCCUGCAGCUCUCCUGCUCUGACACCCGUGUAAACGAGGUGUUGCAUGUUUCCAAUGCUUGGCUUAACUCCAUGGGCUCUGUCCUGGUGAUCCUGGUCUCCUACACGUACAUCCUCCUCACCAUCCUGCAGAUGCCUUUGGCCAAGAGUAGACUGAAAGCUUUUUCUACCUGCACCUCUCACUUGGUUGCCAUCACCAUCUUCUACGUGCCGGGGAUGUUUGCCUACGUCCAGCCUCGCAAGGCGUGUUCGUGGGAUCAGGUGAAGCUGGUUUCAGCGUGUUACACCCUCCUGACCCCCACCCUCAACCCCCUCAUCUACAGCCUGAGGAACAAGGAGGUGAAGAGGGCUCUGAGGAGGCUGUGGGUGCAGAAGUUGAUGCCAUAUAUAUCCAGGCUUUCAAAAGGCAUUUGCAGCCAGUAG